AUGGAUAUUGUGUUAGGUGGAGAUGAAUCGUCUAGUUCGAAGCUAAGUGAAGCACCAACAUCAAUACUUACCUCAACGACAGUUGUUGAUGAAAUCAGUAAUGAAUCGACAAAAUUAUCUUUGCCAAUUCCGGAUUCGGAAUCAAUUCCUGCUGAGGGAACACCAAAAACUGGUGGCAAAGAAGGUCGCAUGGUUAAAAGUUCAUCAACACGUGUCAUUACAGCGGAUACAACACAUAUGCAUAUUGAACCAAGCCAUAUUAUCGAAUAUGAAUGGCCACCGAAAUCAGGCGAACGUUAUUUUAUCCAGGAACAAAUUGCGGAGCUGUUGGACGUAAAAUCAUUUAAAAGAAAGUAUCCUGAAUUAAGCCGCCACACCAUUGAAAUCAACGAGAGAGAAUAUUUAUUGGCUAAUUAUAAACUCGCUACAGCUAUAAAUGAACAUCAAAUGCAUGGUCUGACAGCCUUAAGAGCAAUUGAGAUUCAUGAAUUAAUGGCUUCGGAUUAUCCAGCUAUAUAUUCAGAAUACCAGAGAGCGGCAGCUGAUAAAGUGAAAUUGCAAAUGGCAGAAGAGCAGAAGCGGCUAGAUGCUAUAAAACUGGAUACAAAGAAGAUGGAUGAGCUAAGGAAGAGCGCUAUAAGGAGCGCUUUUGAAUUUAACUCUGAAAUGAACGCAAUUAAACGAACCGAGCGGCGUUAUUUUUGGGAUUUGCAAACUUCGAUCAUUCAGUCUUCAAAAAAUCGAUGGAAACGGAUGCCUCCAGAAUAUACACGGCCAGGACCCUAUCCUGCUGCACUUAUUCAUGGCCAAUAUCAACAUUUCUAUAAAAAAUUUACACCAAAAGAAUUACGUCGAUUGCCGUUAUCUACGGUACUGGAUUAUGAUUAUCUUUUGCCUCCAAAACGACCUGUUUCACCAUUACCUGUGAUUGUUCAUGAGGAGGAAGUAACGUCGUCAACAAAUGCUGACAGUAGUGAUGCUGGACAGCAUGAUAAUCAUCUCGAGAUACCACCUCCAGUUUUAUUACCUUCUAAUUAUAAUGAUGAUAUGAAAACGACGUUAAAUAAAAUGGAUCAGGAUUUAACUAAACAGCAGUGUUCGAUAUGCGGUGAAAACGAGGAACGUCAAAUAUUAUCCUGUUCUAAUUGCAAUAAUGUAGUACAUCCGGAUUGUGCUGGUUUACCAGAACACGUCGUUAAAGUUGCACUGAAUUACAGAUGGAACUGCAUUGAAUGCAAGAAAUGUACUAUAUGUGAAAAGCCGGAUAAUGAGGAUGCAAUGAUGUUUUGUGAUCGUUGUGAUCGUGGUUAUCAUACAUUUUGUGUUGGUUUAUCGACUCCACCAAAUGGUAACUGGAUUUGUUCCAGUUUUUGUUCUGAUUACAAUGUAACAGCAACGGAUGAUAGCACAUGUAAUGAAUGA